UGGGAGAAAAGUGAUGACGCUAUGCAGAGGCUCCGCCCCCUCCCAUGGAGCGGAGAGACUCCGGCUGCUGAGGCUCGGGCCAAUCAGAGUGAAGGCUCCAGGAUGGCAUGGUGAUGGAACGCCGCUAAGAGGUCUGACAAGAUGUACCAGGUCCCACUGCCGCUGGACCGGGAUGGGACCUUGGUCCGGCUCCGCUUCACUCUGGUGGCCCUGGUCACGGUCUGCUGUCCACUUGUCGCCUUCCUCUUCUGCAUCCUCUGGUCCCUGCUCUUCCACUUCAAGGAGACUACGGCCACACACUGUGGGGAUGUUCUCUGCGGCCUCCCAGCCCUUGGACACCGAGGGGACUGUGUUCCGGCUCCGCUUCACAGCCAUGGUCUGGUGGCUCAUCACUUUCCCUGUGUUCGGCUUCUUCUUCUGCAUCAUCUGGUCCCUGGUGUUCCACUUUGAGUACACGGUGGCCACUGACUGUGGGGUGCCCAAUUACCUGCCAUCGGUGAGCUCGGCCAUCGGCGGGGAGGUACCCCAGCGCUACGUGUGGCGCUUCUGCAUUGGCCUGCAUUCAGCGCCCCGCUUCUUGGUGGCCUUCGCCUACUGGAAUCACUACCUCAGCUGCGCCUCCCCGUGUCCCGGCUACCGCCCACUUUGCCGCCUCAACUUCAGCCUCAAUGUCGUGGAGAACCUCGCGCUGCUAGUGCUCACCUACGUCUCCUCUUCCGAGGACUUCACCAUCCAUGAAAAUGCUUUCAUUGUGUUCAUUGCCUCAUCCCUCGGUCACAUGCUGCUCACCUGCAUUCUCUGGCGGCUGACCAAGAAGCACACAGUAAGUCAGGAGGAUCGCAAGUCCUACAACUGGAAACAGCGGCUCUUCAUCAUCAACUUCAUCUCCUUCUUCACCGCGCUGGCUGUUUACUUUCGGCACAACAUGUACUGUGAGGCUGGAGUAUACACCAUUUUUGCCAUCCUGGAGUACACCGUUGUCCUAACCAACAUGGCAUUCCACAUGACGGCCUGGUGGGACUUUGGGAACAAGGAGCUGCUCAUUACCUCCCAGCCUGAGGAAAAACGGUUCUAAACCCUUCUCUCCUGCUGGGGAGGAGGCCCACUGCCCAGAAAGGAGAAACAAAAUACCACUCUGGCCUUCCCCACCCCGUGUCCUCUCUGGGCCCUACUGAAGCUGGGGAGAAGGGAAGAAGGGAGGAAGGACACAGGACAAGGCUUUACCCAGCCCUGCUGGCUUCUCCUUCCCCCUACCCCACUGGAAGGUACAGGGACCUUCAAGCAGCAUCACCCUUAUUUGAGAUGCAAGAAGCUGAGCUGGCAGGAGAGCUCCACCACCUGGUGCUUAAAAAAAAGUCCUGAGGUUCAUAACCACCAUCUGGUUCUUUGCCUUUACAGAGCCACCUCUUGCUGAGGUCAGGGACCACUGAGCAGUGGCUGCUACCAGAAAACCACAGCCAUUUCUCCCCACGGGGUCAUUCACUUGACUAAUGUGUCUCAUGAUCUACUCUGCACAUCCAGGCCUAUGACCACAGUCCCCUGCUAAGGUUGCCCAGGUAUCCUGGUCCUGACUUCACCUCUGAUAUGGUGUACACCCUUCCCCAUCUGCGCCUCCGUGUGUCUGUGUGGAUGAUGCCAGGGUGGGCGGGCUGUAUAAUCCAGUGGCUCUGCCAGUCUGUGCUUAUCCCUGUGGAGGUGCUGUUCUGUACCUGAAGAAUGACCAGCUCCAGAAAAAGCACUGGCUUGUGUAUUAUUUCCCAUCCCUUCUGAAACCUCUGACUUAUAGACUCUUUCUCCUUGGCAAAGGUGUUGGGUAAGGGGUCAGAGGCACAGACUUCUACCCCAAAGUGGGCUCUCUGGUGUCCUUCCAAUCCACCCUACUGCCUAAGGCCCUGAGGUCUUUUGAUUGUACCUUUUAUUUCAAAGGACAAUAAAUUCUUUUUUUUUUUUUUUUUUUUUUGCCAACA